ACGUGUUUGUUUCUGAGCGCGUGUGAUCGGCUCGUGCAGCAGUUAUUCAAUGCUCAGCGGUCUGCUGGUUUUUAUUAAGCAGACCUCCUGUCGGUCUGUAGCGGAACAGCGACGCUUUGAAGAACUUUAUUAUAACUGUUUCCAGUUUUUUGUAAUGUAGUGCGCGGCAGCUGUCGCUAAGCUCUGCCGUAAAGCAGGCCGUCAGCACAUAAAUGAGCUGAGCUGGUGAGUCAUAGAGGCUAAAUGUGAAAGUCAGCCGCGUGCUUUGCUAAUAAAUUUUUUAAAAAGCAGUUAAAUAGUGACGCGCAUCAGAGGAGGUCUGCUUCUACAGACUGGUUCAUUAGUAACAGACCUCCUGGGCAAGGUCAGUCAUUAGCUAACCGCUCUGAUUGAUCAGCUCCUGGUGUUCAGCAGGAAGUCGUCAUCAGUCUGGGAGCAGAUGUUACUGAAAUAACUGCUGCCUGUUUGGCGGCUUCACACCGAAGGGACGAGAUCUUCAGGUUUUUUCCUCCGACCAGCCCAGGAUGCUUUCAGUCUGCUGGGUGGGGCCGACAGAGACCGGAGCCUAACCGAGCAGACCGCAGCAUGGCCAAGACCGAGGAGGUCAGCAGGGAGGGGGGGCUGAAGCAGACCUCCAGGGACGGUCUGCACCGGAGAAACGCCGAGUCCGAAGUCUACGACGACGGGACCAACACCUUCUUCUGGCGAGCCCACACCCUGAGCGUGCUCUUCAUCCUGACCUGCGCCCUGGUCUACGUCACGCUGCUGGAGGAGACGCCUCAGGACACCGCCUACAACACUAAGAGGGGCAUCGUGGCCAGCAUCCUGGUGUUCCUCUGUUUCGGAGUAACGCAGGCUAAGGAUGGACCCUUCACCAGACCCCAUCCAGCUUACUGGCGUUUCUGGCUGUGUGUUAGCGUCGCCUACGAACUCUUCCUCAUCUUCAUCCUGUUUCAGACGGUUCAUGAUGGACGACAGUUCAUGAAGUACAUUGACCCCAGAUUGGGGGUCCCUCUGCCUGAGCGGGAUUAUGGAGGGAACUGCCUCAUCUACGACCCGGGGAACACUACUGACCCCUUCCACAACCUCUGGGAUAAGAUGGAUGGCUUCGUUCCAGCUCACUUCCUGGGAUGGUACAUAAAGACUCUGGUGAUUCGGGAUUGGUGGAUGUGUAUGAUCAUCAGCGUCAUGUUCGAGUUCCUGGAGUACAGCCUGGAACACCAGCUGCCCAACUUCUCUGAGUGCUGGUGGGACCACUGGAUCAUGGACGUGUUGGUGUGCAACGGUUUGGGGAUCUACUGCGGCAUGAAGACGCUGGGCUGGUUGUCCAUGAAGCCGUAUCAGUGGCAGGGACUCUGGAAGAUUCCCACCUAUAAGGGGAAGAUCAAGCGGAUAGCGUUCCAGUUCACCCCCUACAGCUGGGUGAAAUUCGAGUGGAAGCCCGCCUCCAACCUGCGGCGCUGGCUCGCCGUGCUGGGCAUCAUCUUCAUGUUCCUGCUGGCCGAGCUGAACACCUUCUACCUGAAGUUUGUGCUGUGGAUGCCGCCUGAACACUACCUGGUGCUGCUCCGCCUCGUCUUCUUUGUGAAUGUGGGGGGCGUAGCCAUGAGGGAGAUCUACGACUUCAUGGACGACCCGAAGUUCCACAAAAAGCUGGGUCAGCAGGCGUGGCUGGUGUCCACCAUAACGGUGACGGAGUUCCUCAUCGUGGUCAAGUACGACCCCCACACCCUCAUGCUGCCCAUCCCCUUCUCCGUCAUGCAGUGCUGGUUCCUGGGGAUCCUCCUCAUCCUCAUCUGGACCCUCUGGAGGUUUUUCAUCCGUGACAUCACGCUUCGCUACAAAGAGACCCGUCGGCGCCAACAGGAAGUGCCGGUGGACUGGGACCGGCAGCUGGGGAACGGCGGCCCGGCAGCGGCGGCGGCGUCGGGCCGCAGCAAACUGAACGGCAGCUCCGAAACGCUGCGACAGAGGAAGUCCUGAGAGGAAGUCCCACUGAGACCGCCGCCGGGGG